UCUCAUCCUGCCUGGCUUUAUUGAUUUUACAUCAGAAGAAGUUGAAUUAACAUCAGCACUAACCAAGAAGAUAACACUCAGAACACCAUGUGUGUCCUCGCCAAUGGAUACAGUGACUGAAGCAGAUAUGGCUAUAGCAUUAGCAUUACAAGGUGGUAUUGGAAUAAUUCACCAUAACUGUACACCAGAGUUUCAAGCCAAUGAAGUGCGUAAAGUUAAAAAAUAUGAGCAAGGUUUCAUCAUGGAUGCUCUGGUAAUGAGUGCCAACACCACAAUUAAAGAAGUUUUUGCCGCUAAAAGUCAGCAUGGAUUCUCGGGUAUACCUAUUACAGAUAAUGGGAAACUAGGAGGGAGGCUAUUAGGAAUUGUCACUGCCAGAGAUAUUGACUUUGUAGAACCUGAAUUUAAUGACAAACCACUAGAACAAUUCAUGACUAAAAGAGAGGAUCUUGUUGUAGCACCUGCCAAUGUGACUUUGAAAGAGGCUAACGAUAUAUUGCAGAAAAGUAAAAAAGGUAAACUUCCUAUCGUUAACGAAAAUGAUGAAUUGGUGUCACUAAUAUCAAGAACAGAUUUGAAGAAACACAGGGAAUUUCCGCUUGCUUCAAAAGACUCCAAAAAACAAUUAUUGUGUGGUGCCGCAAUCGGUACUCACGAAUCUGACAAAAAUAGACUAGAUUUGCUGGUACAGGCUGGAGUCGAUGUUAUUAUACUGGAUUCAUCACAGGGAAACUCAAUAUUUCAGAUUAAUAUGAUUCGUUACAUAAAAGAAAAAUAUCCUGAUUUACAAGUCAUUGGAGGUAAUGUUGUCACAGCAGCUCAAGCCAAGAAUUUAAUAGAUGCUGGAGUUGAUGCGCUGAGAGUCGGGAUGGGUAGCGGUUCAAUAUGCAUAACUCAAGAAGUAAUGGCUGUUGGGAGACCACAGGGUACAUCUGUAUACAAAGUAGCUGAGUACGCCAGGAGGUUUGGUGUACCAGUUAUUGCUGAUGGUGGUAUAGGAACAGUUGGACACAUCACAAAGGCCCUUGCUCUCGGAGCAUCAACAGUCAUGAUGGGUUCUCUGCUAGCCGGUACAUCAGAGGCACCGGGAGAGUACUACUUCUCAGACGGUGUGAGAUUGAAAAAAUACCGUGGCAUGGGAUCAUUAGAUGCAAUGGAACAUAAAUCAAGUCAGAAUAGAUACUUCAGUGAGAGUGAUAAAUUAAAAGUCGCACAGGGUGUGUCAGGUAGCAUUAUAGACAAAGGAUCUAUACACAAGUUCAUACCGUAUCUAAUUGCGGGUAUACAACAUGGCUGUCAAGACAUCGGUGCUAAAAGUAUGUCUAUGCUAAGGUCAAUGAUGUAUUCGGGUGAAUUGAAGUUUGAGAAGAGGACCAAUGCUGCACAGUAUGAAGGUGGCGUUCAUGGACUGCAUUCGUACGAAAAAAGACUAUAUUAGCAGCCUCCAUGAUCAAGUUUAUUUAUCAUAUUUGGACAGUUGUUACCAUGGUUACAUCAACAUUAUAACAAUACGCUUUGGAUAGCAUCCUCUAAGCACAAACUUGCACACGGUACUUGUUGAAACAAAAUUGUCUUAAAAUGUAAAUUUAUAUUGGUGUACAUGUACUGUACAAAUGGGUCACACCAAAGAGAUUUGUAAACACAUUAAGAAAAUGGAUUUUUUUUUCUUUUCAUCCGUAAUAGUAGGAAUGUUUACAGUUUGUAAUAAUAGAAAAUGUAUGGUUUAUUUUGAAUUUUCAACAUAUCAUUGGACUUAAAAAGGAAUAUUAUUCCAUAUUUGUAUGACCACAACUGUAUUUAUUUUUACAUGUUUAAUGAGACACACACAACUGAUGUGGAGCCCUCCUAACAUGAGUUUGCAUGUAGAACAUAUCCUGUCUUAAUGGCGCUUUGUCUCGGCUUUAUUUUAUUGUAAGGCAAUAUGCUAUAAGCAGUUUUUUUUUCUGGGGUACAAUUUCACUGUAAGAGAAAUUUCUCAAUUGUUUACCUCAAAAAAUGCAGUUAUCAGGGAAACAUUAGAUAAAUAAAUGUGUGAUAUAUCGGAAAUGUAUAUAGAUCCAAAGUACCCCCAAAUGUUGGAGUAUGUGUUGGGGUCAACCAUAAGGCCAGUCAGUGUUGGUCAUUCAUGUAAGGUAAAGGUAAGGUGAUAUUGAUCUGCGACUGUUACAGCGAAUUUGAAAACAACAAAUUUAACAGAAAUGUUUUAUUCAGUGUUUACUAAGCCUAUGUUUUUUUUAAUCUACCAGUAUAUGGUUCAUUCUAUUUGGAUUGGAAAUGUGGUCAAUAAUAACGCUUAUAAGAUUUGUCCAUUUCUUAAUUUUCAGAAAAGAGAAUGUUAAAAAUUGUUCAUUACUUAUAGAUUUGGCUUUUUCUUUGUUACUUCAUUGUGCUGCCAAACCAAUGUCAGUUGUAAUUUGAGUCUAUUCCACUAAGGUUUUGUAUUUAAAGAAAAAAACAAACCAAUAUAAUUUUAUUUGAGCAUAAGAAUUAGUCAUUCCUAAUAUUGUAUUUUAAUCAUGUAAACCAGCUGAUAAAGUUGAAAUUUGUGUUAGUGAUCGUGAGAAUUUUUGAUUACUAGUUUCUCUCAACCACCAAAAAUUGUAUAAAGGAGCAGGGUCUAUUCUUACCAGAGUAGUGUUUGUUUAGAGAGAGUACAAAUGUGUCAUUAUUGGUUUUUAGUUGUCUUGUAUUGGAAACAUCGGUGUCUCAGUGAGAGAGAGAGAGCACUCGCACAUGUUGUAGUAGGUACAGUAUAUCUAUGUGCACUGGCGAUUCAAACUGGUGGUCGGUGCUAUGUAUUUUCGCUUUUUGGUUUUAACUACCAGAUAUAUUUGAAUCAUAUACUUGGUCUGAGGAUUGCUUGCUUCAAAACCAGUUCAGGUAGCACGGAUCGAUUUCUUGAUGAUAAAGGGUACAUCUGUUCCUAUGUAAUUUGCACAAUUUUAAACCUUAAAAAUAUGAGAAAAUUUACUUUAAUGUUCAGCAUAUAUAUUUUCCUCAGUUGGUGUCCAUUUUCUCUACCAAGUUUACAUUACCUUCCAGCUAAUGUUGUAUUGUCUGUUGAAAGCAAUGCCGUACCCCCACCCCCACCCGUACCCCCUCCCUAUAUUUGGCAAUAAAUUGCUGUUAAAUCUGUGGGACCAUUGUGUUUGUCCACUGGUGUUAAAAGAAUGUGUAAUUUUUAUUUAAUGGAGAUUUGUAGCGGUCUUUCAUCCAUGUCUUUUCAAAGAUUCAUUAUUGUGCAGACAAAGGUUGCUGUUCUCUGUAGACGUUACUAACUACAUCUCGUGUCGGGUUGAACAUGGAAUACCUAUACUGUUCAUAUUGAUUAUAUUGAGCCCUUAUUUAUUCAGUUCAAAUUUUGAUAUUCUCUCUAUUGACCAAUAACAUCUUUGUGUCGCCUCAGAACUAUAUGGAAAGACCACCUCAUUGUUGUUUUUUUGUCAGGAAUUGUAACAUUUCUACUGGUUUUCUGUAUUGUAUGAAAUAAAAUACAUCAUCUGUU